UGAGUUCAAAAGUACAAAGCUCUUUAGGAGGACUGCUCUUUUUAAAUAUUUUUUCAGAGGUUAAAAAUUAAAUUUCCAAAGAAUAUCCAGGGUAGAGAAGAGACAGACCCUGAAAGUCCUCAACAUGAAGCUUGCUCAUGUUAUUUUGUUACUUUUGUGCUUCUACCAAAGUUUUUGCAAGGAUACAGAUGAAAAUCAAGAAUGGAGGACAAAGAAGCCACAGCUUCCUUUAACAUCAUACACCCCUCAAAAGGAUCUGCUAGACAACAAGUGCCUAAGUAAAAAAUACACACAUCUCUCCUGCAAUAAAGUCUUCUGUCAACCAUGGCACAAAUGCAUCGAAGGGACCUGUAUCUGUAAACUCCCUUAUCAGUGCCCAAAGAAUGGUACCUCAGUAUGUUCAACUAAUGGGAAAAGCUACCUAACUUACUGUCAGCAAAAGAGUUUUGAAUGUCUUCGGCCAGGGUCAAAGUUUUUAAAUAAUGGAACGUGCACAGCUGAAGGACAAUUUAGUGUUUCCUUAAAGUAUGGAACUACCUCUUCUGAGGGAAUUGUCGAAGUAAAACUUGUAAACCAAGAUAAGAAAAUGUUCAUAUGUAAAAAACUUUGGACCAUGGUGGAGGCUAAUGUGGCUUGUCUUGACCUUGGAUUUCAACAAGGUGCUAUUGAGGUUCAAAAAAAUUUUGAAGUUCCUGAAGAUCCCCAUGUAAAUUCCACCGAAUGUGUGCAUGUGCGUUGUCGAGGAUUAGAGACCAGUUUGGCUGAAUGUACUUUUAUUAAGAAAAGAGCUAGAAAUUCCCAGGAUUUGGCUGGUGUGGUGUGUUACACACAGGAUGCAGUUUCUUCAACAAACAACUCCUUUCUUUGUGUGAAUGGGAAAUAUAUUCCUCAAAAGAAAACCUGUAAUGGCGUCAAUGACUGUGGAGACCAAAGUGAUGAGCUGUGCUGUAAAGAAUGCCGAGGCAAAAGUUUCCUUUGUAAAUCCGGUGUUUGUAUUCCAAACAAGUAUAAGUGCAAUGGUGAGGUGGACUGCAUUACAGGAGAAGAUGAAAUUGGUUGUAAAGAAACCGAACAUCCUGAAAUUAAAGAAGAAACAGAAUUUUUGACUGCUAAUAUGGAUGUAGAAAGAAAAUGGAUAAAGUCACUUCUCCCUAAACUGUCCUGUGGAGUCAAACCCAGCCUGCCUGCUCGAAGGAAACGAAUUAUAGGAGGAAAGUCAGCAGAAGUGGGAGACUUCCCAUGGCAGGUGGCAAUUAAGGAAAAUGAGAAAAUCAACUGUGGAGGAAUUUAUAUUGGAGGCUGUUGGAUUCUAACUGCUGCACAUUGUGUCAGCAUCAGUAAAGUUCACCGUUACCAAAUAUGGACAUCAUUUCUACAUUGGUUAAGACCUGAGGAUGACCUAAUUGUUCAGCUAGCAAAACAAAUUAUUAUCCAUGAAAACUACAAUGGAAAAACCUAUGAAAACGACAUAGCUUUGAUUGAAUUGAAAAAACGCUCAAACCAAAAAGAAUGUGUGCUACCUCAUUCUGUCCCUGCCUGUGUCCCCUGGUCUCCAUAUCUAUUCCAACCUAAUGACAGAUGCAUUGUUUCUGGCUGGGGUCGAGAAAAAGAUAACCAAAAAGUCUAUUCACUUAAGUGGGGUGAAGUCAACCUAAUAAGCAACUGCUCCAGGUUUUAUCCACGUCGCUACUUUGAAAAUAAAAUGGAAUGUGCAGGUACAGAUGACGGGUCCAUCGACGCCUGUCAAGGGGACUCUGGAGGCCCCUUAGUCUGUAAGGAUGUCAACAAUGUGACUUAUGUUUGGGGUGUUGUGAGUUGGGGUGAAAACUGCGGGAAGCCAGGGUUCCCAGGCGUUUACACUAAAGUGGCCAAUUAUUUUGACUGGAUUAGUCAUCAUGUAGGAAGGUCUCUCAUAUCUCAGUACAACAUAUAAAAUUGUGAUCUCUUCUGCUGUUUUUCUCUUGGGAGUUGGAUUUUAAUUGAAAUGAUACUACAUGAUCAGUGUUUCUCUAGGGAAAAAAUAAUAUAAAGCACACUUUAUUGGAUUGUUUUUAAAGACCUCUACAAAGCUUAUUCCAUAUUAGAACUUUGCUGAAAUUAUCAAAUAAAUAUUUUAGUUGAGCAUACCUGUUUUAUUAGAAAAUGUGAUUAAAUCAUCUCUUCAUACAGGAAUGGUAUAUUGACUAGACUAAACGUUUUGCUAGUUGAAUGACACUUGAUUCACAUGAGCCUGCAUUCAAACCCCAACUCUACCACCAACUAAUUACUUGACGCUGGGUAAUUCAUUAUCUUCUUUGUGUCUCAUUUUCUACCUUUAAAGUGGAAACUAGAAUUCUGAGAAAAUGGAGACACAUACCAAAAUAAAAUGGUUGCAAAGUACUUGUCACACGGAAA